AUCCUAAAAAGUAGUGAAAUAGUAAAAACAAAUAAAAUGGGUUUUAUAACAAGAUAUUGGGUUUUGGAUAGUGUAUUUCUGUUAGCUUCUCUAAUAUUCGUCGGGUAUUUAUACAUGACUCGGAAGUUCAAGUACUGGAAGAAAAGAGGAGUCGCUGAGAUACCACCGACUCCGUUUAUUGGAAACUUUGGAACGUGCAUGAUGAUGAAGCGAUCAGGGGGACAGUGGAUCCAAGAUAUGUAUGAAUGGAGUACUGGGUUACCUUACAUGGGAUAUUACGUUUUCGACAGACCUUUCUUCCUGGUUCGUGACCCAGAACUCAUUAAAAACAUUCUUGUAAAGGAUUUUAAUUACUUCAACGAUCGAUUUGCCAAAGCUAGUCCUCACGAUCGAAUUGGAGAUGCUAAUUUAUUUUUAAUUAAAAAUCCACUGUGGAAAACAGUGAGGGCUAAACUUACGCCGAUUUACACCUCAGGAAGAGUGAAAAAAAUGUUUGAGCUGAUGGUUGACAUUGGAGAUGAUCUUAUAUCGCUGAUGAAGACUUACAACACAAAAGGUAACGGAGAGAUUCUAGAAGUCAAAGAUUUGGCUGCGAGAUUCACAACCGAUUUAAUAGCUACUACGGCGUUUGGAAUACGAGCUAAUUGUUUGAAUCAUCCGAAAGCCGAAUUUAGAGAAUAUGGAAAAAAAAUAUUUGCACAAACAAUGUACAGGAAUUUUGAAUUCAUGUCGAUAUUUUUUGCCCCGCAAAUAGUUGGACCACUUGGUCUAGAAAUUUUACCGCGGGACGUAUCCAAAUUCUUACGCUCCACACUUUGGAACGUUAUCAAUGAACGAGAAAAGACGGGAAUUAAAAGAGGUGACCUCAUUGACUUGUUAAUAGAAUUGCGGAAUAACAAGACGGAAAUAUUUGACGGAGAUUUUGGUAAUUCCUUGAUAGAUAAUCUUUUGGCCCAAGCCGUAGUAUUUUUUAAUGCUGGUUUUGAAACAUCUUCAUCGGCUAUGAGCUUCACACUCUACGAAAUUGCGCUUCAGCCAGAAAUUCAAAACAAAUUACGAGCUGAAAUUAAUAAAGGUCUGGAGCAAACUGGUGGAAAAAUGACCUACGACCUGGUACGUAAUGUACCGUACAUGGAUAUGGUGAUUGCUGAAACUUUAAGAAAAUACCCUCCGCUGCCGGUCCUGGAUCGCGUUGCCAAUGAAAACUACAAAGUCCCUAAUUCAAAUCUCGUUAUAGAAAAAGGCACUCCUAUCACUAUUCCCGUCAGUGGUUUGCACUACGACCCUGAAUAUUUUCAAAAUCCAGAAAAAUAUGACCCUGAAAGAUUUUCAGACGCUAACAAAAAAGCUCGAAAACAAUGUGUUUAUUUACCAUUUGGAGAAGGGCCACAUGUUUGCAUCGGUAUGCGUAUUGGAUUACUUCAGACAAAACUUGGGCUUUUAAAAUUAUUACCCAAGUAUGAAUUCACUCCAUGCAAAGAAACUAUGGUUCCAAUGCGAUUCAGUACUAAAUCUUUGGUAGUGGCUCCGGAUGGAGGUUUGUUCUUGAAUGUCAAAGAAAUUAAAACCGCU